AAAGAACAUGGAAUUUUCAGCCACUUUGUUUAACCAGCUCAAGGUAGCAGAACCGUUUUUCUUGUUAGCGGGUCCAAAUGUGAUUGAAUCAGAAGAACACAUUAUCCGAAUGGCUGGUCACAUUAAGACCAUAUCCAACAAAGUUGGGUUGCCGCUGGUUUUCAAGUCAAGUUUUGACAAAGCUAAUAGAACAUCCUCAAAAUCAUUUCGGGGUCCAGGCAUGACUGAAGGCCUGAAGAUCCUAGAGAAGGUUAAAACAGCAUAUGACCUUCCCAUUGUCACUGAUGUGCAUGAAACAGUUCAGUGUGAAGCAGUUGGCAAAGUUGCAGAUAUUAUACAGAUUCCAGCAUUUUUAUGUCGUCAGACAGAUCUUCUAGUUGCUGCGGCCAAGACUGGAAAAAUCAUCAAUAUUAAAAAGGGCCAAUUCUGUGCUCCCUCAGUCAUGACAAAUUCUGCUGAAAAAAUUAGAUUGGCUGGAAAUCCAAAUGUUAUGGUAUGCGAGAGAGGAACCAUGUUUGGCUAUAAUGAUUUGAUUGUUGAUCCACGGAAUUUGGAGUGGAUGAGAGAAGCUAAUUGUCCUGUUGUGGCUGAUGUCACACAUUCAUCACAGCCUGCCGGGAAGAAGUUGGAUGGUGGAGGUGUUGCAAGUGGAGGUCUUCGUGAACUUAUACCAUGCAUUGCAAGGACUGUUGCUGUUGGCGUUGAUGGAAUUUUUAUGAGGUACAUGAUGACCCUUUGAAUGCACCAGUUGAUGGCCCAACCCAAUGGCCACUCCGGAAUUUGGAGGAACUACUACAAGAGCUCGUGGCAAUUGCUAGGGUAAGCAAGGGGAAGCAACGCAUGAACAUUGAUCUCGCACCAUUUCGUUUUUAGAAAGACUGAAUGCUUCUCUUUAACGGUG